AUGGCAAGCCCACUCGGUAUUCCACUCCCUCCUUCGGAAUGGAAACGGCAAAACCCACCUAAAGGACCAAACUUUGAUUGGGAGAUGUACCGUUAUGUUCCUUCUCUAGCUGGAGCCAUCGUAUGCCUCGUUGUCUUUCUCGUAAUGGCUUUUCUGCACUUGUAUCAGUACCUCAGGUCCAGGAAUAGGAUCAUCGUCUUCGUGGUUAUCGGCGCGCUCUGCGAGGUGGGUGGCUAUGGCGCGCGUAUCGCAUCGCACUUCGACAACGAUGCCUGGCCCCAGUACAUCACCCAAGGUGUACUGACACUCGUCGGUCCUCUAUGGUUUGCAGCAACCAUAUACAUGAUGCUUGGCCGUACGAUCAGACUUGCUGGUGGAGAAGAUGUGAGUCUGAUCCCAGCGAGGUGGUACACAAGGAUCUUCGUCACCGCGGACGUCACAACCUUGAUCAUUCAGGGCCUAGGUGCCAGUAUCAUGGGUACGAUGCAACUCGCCCUCGCCCUCGCUGGAGAAAAAAUCGUAAUUGCCGGUCUCGCACUCCAAGUUGCUACCUUUAUUGUCUUCCUCAUCGCCUCAUUCGAUUUCCAAAUCCGUAUGAACAAGAAAGUCGAUCAUGCAUCCGCAGACUGGAAGAAGAUGCUUUACAUACUUUAUAGUGUCAGCGCAUUGAUUCUCUUCCGCUGUACAUUCAGACUCAUCGAGUAUGCGAUGGGUAACGCUGCUUACUUGAUCGCUCACGAGUGGACACUGUAUUGCUUCGACGCUGUGCCAAUGGUCCUAGUCCUGGUGAUGCUGCUGGUUUUGCAGCCAAGUCGAUAUGUUGAAGGGGACCUGAGGAUGGCACAAGCGGACAGCGAUGGCGAGACGGCUGUCGUAGAGAGAAAAUGA